UAAAGUAUUCAAUUAGCUGAGAUUCAAAAUUUUCAUGUUCCCGUCUGCAAAAAUAUAGUCUUACACACCCAUUAGCCUUAUCUUUUCCAAAAACCAUUGUACUGCUCAAAAACUGUCAAAGCAUAUUAUAUACCCUCUCCUUUUUCUCAUAAUACAUGAUCGAUGCCUAUUUAUUGUAGCAUUUCCUGACAUAGUUGCUCAAGUUCCGAUAUUUUUAUUCUAAAAGCUUGUACCUUUUGUUCUUCCAAUCUAUAUAAGCUUCCAUUCAACAUACACACUGCAUCCUCAGUACUUGUAUUCCAUGGCAUCUGAAGUUGAAGAAGGCAGCUAAUGCUACACCCUGUUCAGUUCCUGACCCAAGCAAGGAUUCUACUCAUCCUUUUGGCUCUUGGUUUAGUUUUCUUGUUCUGGAAACAGCUAGAUCUGGCAUUGGUGAUUAAGAAGGAUCACUUUGUCUUUCAACUGUCAUUUGGAUCUCUUUUAGUUUCACUUCAUCAGUGAUUGUUGUCAAGUAAUCAAUCAUCUAUGGACGGUCUAAGUUGGGAUUCUUCAUCACAACUUGUUGGUAACAUACCGAUCUUGUGGAGCAGUCAGCCUCAGGACCUUGAAGGAGAGUAUCAUCAUUCGAUGCCACACCUUUGUUCGAGUGUUCACAAUCAAACAUGUUAUCCGUAUCCAAGUUCUGAAAAAGCGAGGGAGAUGGUUCAUCCAUCCACUUCUGAGAUAAUGAGUAUCUUGCCAAAUAUGAAUCUGUCACAAAGAACAGCAACCAUGCCUGUGAAAUCAGGAGCAGUUGGAGCCAGUUGGGGAGAAGCUUUAACAUCUCAAUCAUGCCCGUCCCUUUCGGCGAAUAUGAACCAAACUAGCAAUUAUGUAGCAGAUUUCAACAUGGCCCACCAGCAACAACACCUUAUCAGCGGCACGCAAAACGUCAAGGCUACCUGCUCUCUCGAGUCACUUGAUUGCUUGCUUUCAGCUACUAAGAAUGGCAACACAGACACGUCUCUCGAAGAUGAUGGGAUUUCCAUGAUGAUUUUAUCUGACUGCAGAAACUUAUGCAACUUCAGUUAUGGCAGUGCAGUCUCCUCUGGUGAAUCUGAGAGCAAUGCUUCCAAUGCCAGAAACAGUGACAUGAGGUAUGCAUCAGUGAAUGAGCUGGAUGAAGCAGCGUCUCAAAGCUUCUCUGAUCAAUAUAUCAGUCAAGGAAGAGUUAUAGAUUCUGAAGUUAUUUGCACAAAAGGGAGCAAUUCAUGCUUCAGCGUUGCUCAGAAUUCUUUUGCCACCGAAGGUGGUUUCAGGCUCAUCUCAGAGACUUCACCAAAGUUCAAGAGACCCAGAUGGAACAGGCAUCCUGGUUCAUCAAAUAUCAACUUCCAGCAGCCAAAUUCAUCCGUGUCACCUUCCUUUGAAGAACCUGAUCCAGAGGCCAUAGCACAAAUGAAGGAAAUGAUAUAUAGGGCUGCAGCUUUUCGGCCAGUGAACUUGGGAUUGGAAGUGGUGGAAAAGCCUAAAAGGAAGAACGUUAGGAUAUCAACUGAUCCACAGACUGUGGCUGCCAGGGAAAGAAGGGAGAGAAUAAGUGAGAGGAUUAGGGUUUUGCAGAAGAUUGUGCCUGGUGGAAGCAAGAUGGACACUGCAUCAAUGCUUGAUGAAGCUGCAAACUACCUCAAGUUUCUCAGAGCACAAGUUAAAACACUAGAAAAUUUAGGUAACAAGCUUGACACAAUGAAUUGUCCUCCUAACAUAGCCUUCUCUUUCAACCCUUCUUUUCCCGUACAAACACAUUUCCCAGUCCAAAACCCUAGCGGGAACACCUACAACCAACAGUCCAAGGGUAGGAAAUGAUUAUUAUCGUGAAAGAGAAGAAAAAAAAUGUAAAAAAAAGGGUCUGAGAACCCAUAACCUCUAAUUAUAUUCCAUUCGUGACUUUGAUUAGCAUAUGUUCAUAUGUCCUAGCCAAAACUUCAAUUUUGCUAUAUGUGCUAUAAUUUUUCUUCAUCAA